AUGUCUGUUCCCGAACCAUCUGUCACGACCAAUUCUUCAUCUCCCCCGCAGAGCAAUGUAUCCGAGUCUUCGACUCCCAGCUACGCAUUUCUCGUUCACUCGCAGAAGACAUUGACCCAGAAUCUACCUCCUCGAGUGGACAAUAAGUUAUUGGCACGUCAGAAGCGGCGGCGAACGAGUCCCGAGGACCACGCGAUCCUUGAGGCCGAAUAUCAAAAGAAUCCCAAACCUGACAAAGCUGCGCGAGCCAGUAUAGUCAGUCGGGUUGCCUUGGGGGAGAAAGAGGUGCAGAUAUGGUUCCAAAACCGCCGACAGAAUGACCGCAGAAAAUCGAAGCCUCUGCAGCCCCAUGAACUUGUCGCACCCCGUGCCGCAAUGAACAACUCCACUGCCCCGAGUGGGAACGACAACGGAACGAAGGAGCCGCAGUCAUCGAGUGGAAGUGACCAGACCGACGAACAUGAGCAUGCGAUUUCCGGGAAUGGCAACAAAGAAAUUGAUACGUCAUCCAAAGCCGACGCAGAUAGUGACGCUCAGUCAGGGGACAAUGGAAAUGUUGCGAGUUCACAGCCAAACGUCGAGCUGGUUUCGUCGCACUCGCAGCCAGAAGAAAUGAACAAUGUCCAAUCUGGACAAGAACGCGAAAAGACAGAAGGAUCGUGCGCUCAAUCGAGCAACAGGAAGCGACCAUUCUCAAAUAUGCAUGAGGAGAGAUUCGAUCAGAAAGAAGGACCCGACGCUAAUGGUCGGGCGCAUGUCAAUGACCUCAAAUCUCCGCCAUCGCUGCGAAUAUCCAUGUCAUUCGACGGCGAAGCGAUGGUGCGGAGAGAAGGUGAACCCACUCCGUCACCUCCUAAGGCUCGCACUGCAGUGAGGAUCUCUAUGUCGUCAGACGGCGAGGCUUUGAUUCGCACCGAAGACGAGCCCUCUCCGUCAAAGAACCGCAUGCGAUUAUUUUCCACCCGCGCUCCACGACUGCCUGGCCUGAGAAGAAGCACCAGUGCCAUUAACUUCCCUGUAUCUAGACCAGGUUUCCUCGAAGGAGACAGCAAGCCAUUUGGGAGAUCUCGUGAUUCUCGCACGUGGGAAUUGUACUGCGACACUGACGCAAGAAGUGCUUUGUCAACUCCAUCCAGUUCCCAGAGCGUACCAACAGGUGGUACACCGGGUUUAUAUCGAAGACACCGAUCCCUGACUCGAAGCUCCUUCUCAAGGCCCAACAUUUUGACACCACGGCCUGAACUCCUCAACCAGGGGGCACCUGUUGAGGGUUCCGGGGAGAAGAGAAGGAAGCUGUCACGUGCGGUCUCGUCCUUGGGGAGAUUGGAGUCCAGUCAAAAGGUCGAUACCUCUCAACAGCCAGUGAAGAAAGGACUUUCCACGUCUGGAUCCUUUAAAGAGAGCGAAGAGGACAUCGAGUGGCAGUUGGGUGAUUAUUAUUAUUAUUAUUAUUAUUAUUAUUCAAGUUUAACGUCCAUACCGAGCCUUUCGGCUAUGACAGACCCCGAAUCGCCACCCUCCCCUAUUAUCCCUCCCCCUCUCGUUCUGCCUCCUCCAAGGCCUCCAGCCCCCAUUCAUCAUCCCUAUGAGCCCUAUCCACUGCCCGUACCU